AUGUCCGUGAGAAGUGCCCUGACCCGCAAACUCAUUGAUGCCGACACAGCUCUGAAGCUGCUGGAGGCCCAAGCAGCCUCCGGGGGAAUCGUUGAUCUCGCCAUAAAGGACAAACUAUCCGUCCACAAAGCAGCUGAACGUGGGCUCAUUGACUCGAGUGACAUGCACAAGCUUCUGAAUGCCCAAAAGGCCUUCACAGGAGUCGAAGACCCCAUGACCAAGGACCGUCUCGCAGUGGGACCCGCCGCAAGUAAAGGGUAUAUUCCACAUGAAAAUGCCAGGAGGUAUAUGGAGGCACAGUACCUCACCGGUGGGUUUGUGGAUCCCUCGAAAGCAGGCCGCCUAUCUGUCAAAGAAGCUCUCGCCACUAAUAUUAUCGACAGCAAAACAGCUGAUGAGCUACAAGAUGAGACCACCUACAAGAAAGAGUUGGUGGACCCCAUCACGAAAGAGAAGAUCUCAUACAAGCAGGCGAUGGAUCGGUGUAAGAUAGACAACCACACAGGGCUCCUGCUGCUUCCUGCCGCUUCUACUGAUGCCACGGGCGCCCCGUCUUACUCUAACUAUCGCUUCUGAUUCAACAAAUAUUAGAUGUGAAGUUUAAGAUGUUUUAUUUGUCGUAGCUACUGGUGCUAGAGGGUGUGUGAUAUGGCUAACUGAUCCACGUAAAGAUAAAUAUGAAUAUGUGUGUACACUGGGAGGGAAAAACGACAUAUUUGGUGAAAUUCUCUUUUCAGUGCUUUUUUGUUUGGUCUGCUGUAUACAUGAGGGUACUGUUUGUUUUAUAUGGUAAAUUGUUUUUCGGCACUCUCAAGCUGCUAUAUCCUAUGUAAGUGUUCAAUAAACUCCAAAA